AUGGGCGAGCGGCUGACCGAUGAUAUCAUCGAUGCAUAUUGUGAUAAGUUGCAAGAAAGUAUUAACAGGGAAGUUGACGGCAUGCUUGCAAUGCAGUAUAUUCUGUUGGAGCCAGAUUCACUAAAAAACUUGAUAAGAGGUGACAAAAACGUGUGUCAAGUGAUCUAUGAUCAUUGUCGAGCGCAUUACGUGGUGUUGUUCCGAAACAAGCUCAUUCCGAGACGUGUUGUUGUCUACGAUCCCAUCGUACCACAUAAAGAUUCCGUCCGUGACACGCUCAAUGAGAGCGUCCGUCAGCAAAUCCUGGCAAUGUUCGGUCAUCUGUACGGAGAUGACCAGGCGAUGGAAAUCGCUGUCGAGACGGGCCUGAGCACUCAGAACGAUUGCUGGUCUUGCGGCCUUCGCGCUGUCGCAUUCAUUACUCAUCUAAUAUUGGGCGUCGAUCCCGCUAAUUAUGAAUAUGAUUUGGAAAAAGUUGGCAGAUUUAUUAUGGAAAUUAUUAAAAUGGAAAAGCCAAGUCGCGAGAUUAUUGCUGGCGCCCAGUUUGGCCAGCAUCGAGGAGAUGGGAAAUCGUGUUUGACUGUUGUGCGAGUUACAAAAGAUGGCAAAUUUGAGUUCGACGACGAAACUGUGCCUUCCAGAUCUGCAGAUGAAAAACAAAAAUCAGAUGAAUUAUUAACUGAUGUCGACGAGGCAAAAGUGCUCGAAAGCGACGAAGAAAAGACUGUAUAUCCGAGAACUCUGCAUGGUGAUACUGUUAUUGAUAACAACAAUAAUUCUGUCAAAGAAGGUUUUUUACUUUCGCAUCACUUCUUUUAA